AUGCACUUCUCAAAGGUCCUCACCGCAUCCCUUCUCGCUUCGGCAUCAGCCAAUGCAGCAUUGAACAAGCGUCAGACGACAACAACUCCACCGGCACCUACGGCUUCAGCAUCAGUGACAGAUAUGCCUAUGCCCACUAUGACACCUACCACAGGCGGUGCCAUGACAAGCACCUCAGCAGAUGACAGUUCCGCCACACCAGACCUGACUGACUCCAUGGUCGCCAUGCCUUCCACUCUGCCAGACCCUACGACCCUGCCACUCGCCAAGAAGAGUGGUGCUGAAGCCAUUGCUGUGUCCUUGGGCGUUGCAGGCUUGGCAGGCAUGGUCAUGUUGCUGUAA